AUUCAAGACAUAACUACGUCUUUUCAGAACAAAAUGACUACGUUCAAGCUCAACACUGGUGCAGAAAUCCCUGCCAUUGGUUUUGGCACCUGGCAGGAUGCCGAGGCACAAGAAGAUGCCGUGGCUGAAGCCAUUAAAGCCGGAUAUCGUCACAUUGACACUGCCCGAGUUUACGGAACCGAAAAGGCUGUAGGAAAGGCCAUCAAGAAGAGUGGUGUGCCCCGUAAGGAGCUUUUCGUCACGACCAAGCUCUGGAAUAACAAGCACCACCCCGAUGACGUCGCUCAAGCCCUUCAGGAUUCGCUCAACGACCUGGAUCUAGAAUAUGUCGAUCUUUUCUUGAUGCAUUGGCCUGUAGCAUGGAAGCGAGGAGAUGAGCUCUUCCCUAAGGAGAAUGGAAAGCCGGCUGUCAUAGAUGUUGACUUCGUUGAUACUUACAAAGCAAUGGAAAAGUUGCUGUCCACUGGAAAGGUCAAAGCAAUUGGCGUUUCGAACUUCUCCAAGGCUGACAUGGAGCAUCUGCUCAAGAACACCUCAGUCGUGCCCGCGGCGCAUCAGCUAGAAGGCCACCCAUGGCUGCAGCAGCGUUCCUUUGUCGACUGGCACAAAGAAAAAGCCAUCCAUGUCACCCACUACUCUCCCUUCGGAAACCAGAAUGAGCUCUACAGCCGUGAAGGUACUAUUGGCAAGUUGAUUGACGACCCGGUACUGGUAGAGAUUGGCAAAAAGUACAACAAGAGUUCAGCUCAGGUUGCCCUUGCUUGGGGUGUUACGCAGGGUCACUCGGUGCUUCCUAAGUCCAAGACCCCCUCAAGAAUCAGGGAUAACUUGGCAGGAGAUUUCAAGCUGAGUGAGGAAGAUAUGCAGAAGAUUCAUGGAAUUGACAGGAAACUUCGUUUCAACGACAGCAGCGCUGACUUCGGUCGGGACUUUUUCUCCGACUUGGAUGGAAAGAAAUGAGCUGUUAGGGUACCAAACAUUAAGCUUUUUAGAGAACGAUUGAAUGACUACCUUUAUGAAACUGCCAAUAUAAUUGAUUAAUGCAAAUCUUGGUUGCCA